CAAUGGGUUUGCAGCUUUAUUAUAUGUCUGUACGUCGGAAAAUGGUUUUUGGUGCAGGGGAGGGCCUCUGUUGCAAAAACGAUUUGGGGACGGAUAUGAAAAGGAGAUUCUUUUUUCAUUUCAGGAUUUGAAGAAUUUCUUCAGUUUCGCCCAACAACAAAGCUGCUUGACGAACAGAUUCCUCUUUAUCUUUCAUGGAUUUCUGGUGGCACUUCAUGAUUAUGACGUGCGUUACGUUGGUAAGACAAGCUGCCAUUAUAUUUGCAAUCAUGUUACAUAUCUGUUGGAACAGUCCUUCAUCCAUUCGAAGAUGAUCGCCAUCAUAUGCUCUCAGAAGUCUUUGGCAGGUCCUGUACAUCGAGUUAGCUGCUAUGGCGUUUACUGGCCAGUUGAGAGGAUUUUCCAUCAGUGAAUCUUUAACAUCCUUCUUGAAUUCCACAAUAGUCUUCUCAGCUUUGCUCGAAAGCUCUUCCAGUAUCUCCUUCGAGUUUUUCCCUUUGAGAGACGUUUCAUGGAGGUCGUUGUCCAGCCACUUCAGGUAUAAUUCAACUCCAACCCAACUUACAUCUGCUGCAUUUAUGCUGUUCGCCAAGUUUCUAUCGUUGUCCAUGCUUUUCUCAAUAAGUUUCACAUAAUAUAGGCCUUCAUCGACGCUCUGCAGAAGCCAGUUAAUUUCUUGCUUUGGGAUUUUCGGAAGUGCAAUGGCGACGCUUGUUAAGGUCACCAGUGGCAAUGACCAACAUUUUGGAGGUUCUUGAGAGUGCAGGCUUGGGAUUUGGUUCUUGUCGACUUCUCUCAGCCCUUUAAAAUUCCCGACUUUAUGAAGAAGGCUUAUCAGGUUCUUCGGCUGCUGCUUCUUCCCUGUUUCAAUCAGUUUAUCCACCUCAUUAAGAAUGCUGGAUUGGACUUUCUGAGGAAGCCUCGAUUCGCCUUCUAGUAGUAGAACAUACCGACUGAGAUCUACAUCCAAUGUUGAUUCUGGAAUCCCAUGUACGCGUGACGGGCCGGAUAAAUGCUUCAGUGUUUUGAAGAUUGGAAUUGCGAAGCAGAAAGAAAUGAACUGAACCACUUUGCUGCUCCUUACGACAAGAAUCUGAACUCGGACAAGAAUGCUCAGAAUUAGUCCUUUUGUCUUGUGCAGAAUCCUUCUCCACCUCCGGUUUCUGAUUUGCAGAGGGAAAGAGCUCUCUUUCCAUUUGAUAAGCUUUCGUGUCCAGUAAGAUUCGACCUUGAAUUCAUCCAUGGUUCUCCAUUUGCCAUUUUUGCAACAUUUGAGCUUUAUUGCUGUGAAGAAUCUGAGUGUCGGGGCAAUGCUCCCGACGGCCACACCAAUGGACUGCGAAAGAAGAAUCCACUUGAUCGACCAAUCGUAUUUGGAAGCAGUAAGUUUACAGUUCAUGUACUGUACUACUAAUCGGAUCUCAGCUUCUAACAAAGCAAGAGCCGCCAGCAUACAAAUAACUCCCGAGGCUGUGCAGGUCACGGAUCUAGCAAUCACAAAUUGGGGGCUGCUGGUUUCUGCCAUCACCCAAUGUUUCUGAAUCAUCAGCCUGAGUUUGUUGAAUGAAAAGUUUCCAUCCUCUACCGAUUCCAUGAACUGUUCAUCCGAAGCCAUCUUCAGCAUUUCGUUGUACUUGGACUGCAGGUAUCGCUUCGUUUCUGGUACCAUUACAGCUGAAGAAGCCAUUGUUACAACCGAAAGGAGGAUGAAAACAGUUGCCGCAAUUUCUUCAGCAAAGAACUUUCUAUUUCUGAGGUAAUGCCGCAUUUGGAUGAUUUGAACAGAGACAUUUACUAUGACGUCGACAUGAGGAUCAUGCUACUAACUUUCGCCAAUCUAUCCGUGGCAGCGUACAUUCGAGUUGUGAGGUCCAGCGGAAGCUUCAUAGCCACGGCUAGUAGUGUCAAAGAAGUGGCGUUAAGCGAAAAAUACUUACUGGGAAACCAGUAUUUCUUGCCUCGAAAUCCCUGGAAGGUAUCGGCUGCCAUAGCAAGCGUGCAAGACAGCGAUGCUCCGGCAACGUACAUCCCUAUCCAUGGCAUUGGACCAUUGAGCUGUUUCUCGACAUCUGCAGAUAAAGCAGUAUCGUUCCCGGGCAUUGGUGGAGAAUCACUUUUGAGUGAUGUCGAUAAACAGCUCGAAGCUCCUGUGCCAUGGAUAGGCCUCUAUAUCGCCGGAGCAUCUCUUCUAUGCUCGCUCGGCAUGGCCGUCGACGCUGUCCGCGGCAUCCGGUCGAAGAAAUUUUGGAUCCCGUCGAGCUAUUUCUCGCUUAAUUCCGUAUCCUUGACGCUGCUCGCCGUGGCAAUGAAGCUGCCGGUUGAUCUAACGACGAGGAUGUACACCGUCACCGAUCGUCUAGCGAAGAUCGGAAGCCUCGUGUUCAUGUCGACUUCCAUGGCGAAUUUCUUGACGUCGUUGGGGUCGAUGACCGAUCGCGACAUUCUUAUGAAUGUCGCGGCUUUAGGCAUUCUUGUCGUCACGGUCACCGUGAAUGUCGUGAUCCAAGUUUUUCAGCUCCGGUCGUUUCUUCGGGGCCGGUUGGCGUUCGCCGAGGAAAUUUUUUCUGUCAGCGCGAUGCUACUGUUGUUAGUCAUGUUUGCCUCAUCGGCGUUGAUGAUCCCGUCGAUGAAAUGGUACCUCGAGACGAAGUAUCGGGAAAUGCAUACAUCAGCUUUGGACGAAGAGGGAGUCAGUACAGGGAGAAUUUCGACUAAUGAACUUCGAGUCGCGAUCAAGAAAUAUUGGCUAAUGGCGAAAACUAGUUCGCCGCAAUUCGUGAUUGCGCGAUCCGUAACGUGCGCCGCGUCCGGCGCCGUCUCGUUGUUCGUCGCUCUCGCUUUUGUCUUGCUCGAGCUUCGGAUGGCGAUGAAGUACAAGAUCUUCAAUUUAUACGAUUCGAGCUAUGGUUGGUCGACAAAAUGGAUACUUUUGUCGCAGACGGUUGGAGUAGUCGUUGGCACCGUAGCCCCGGCGUCGAGAUGGUUCGUUGCCGUCAAAUUCAGGUUCAAAAACGACGAAAUAAAAAACGGGUUUGUAGUCGAGAGCUACUGGACACAGAAGAUGUUCGAUUGGAAGCAACGAUCGUUAUCGGUUAACAUUCGACAUCUCAAGUUCCGAAAAGUCGUUCAUAAUCUUCGAGGAUUAGUCCUCCGAUUCACCAUUUUCGCGCAGUUUCUUCUCGUUAUUACCAGCAAAGUACUCCUCGCAAUCUCGAUCUGUUUAUCGAGCCCGGCUAUUCUCACUCUUAGCUACAUUCGAAGAUCGAAGCUUCGAAAAUGUGUGUUCGAUACAGCGAAGAUUGAUGUCGAUCAUUACGUGAUACUUCUCGAAGGGGAAUCGAAACUUCCCGCGGAGACGCUGGAGAACAUCUGCAAAGAAAUGGACGACGUUAUUAGUGAAGGUAAGUCGAAAAAGCCGAAGAAUUUAUUGAAACUUUUGUAUCGAUCAAGCAGCUUCGGGGGAGUGAUGCGAUUUGAUAAUCCGGAAGUUUCGAAUCUUCAUUCUCAAGAACUUCCUUACUGCUGGGCUCUACCUGUGAUCACGCUUACGAGCAUCGCCCUCGCUCUCCCGAACGUCGAAAAGAAAAAAUCGAGAAGCUUGCUGGACAGCGUCACCGAAGGGAUUUCGUUCCUAAAAAUUGUUGAUAAAGCGCUCGAUCGAAAAGGCAAUUUAUUGAACAUCAGAACGGCUGCGGACGUCGCGUGGGUAGGAGUCGAGCUGUUUCAUAAAUGGCAGGACAAUGAUCUUCACGAAACGUCUCUCAAGGGGAAAGAAGCUGUCGAAAUCUUACGCGAGCUCUGUAAUAACGCCGAAUUGACUGUUCGAGAUUUUGUAAGAGAAGCUAGAGACUGUCUGAUGAGAAAUCCUCUUAACUGGCCUGCAAGGGUCAUUGCAGCCAACUCCAUGUACAGGAUUUCGAGCGCAAUUCUACUCGGGGGCAGCGACGAAACAGGCGAGCGAUUGUUCGAGCAGCUGUCCGUAACGGUUGCAGACAUAAUGGGUGCGUGUCUGACGAACAUGGCUCAUGUAAUAACCAACAAGUGUCGCCGAAACGCCAUUGAAGAGAGGGAGAGAAGCGUUCGUCGAGCAGCUUUUCUUUUGGGCGAAACGGAAGAUGUUAUUGCUCUUGUUCAGCAACUCGAGCUGCCAUUUUUGGCGCUCGAUCGGAUGGCUACAAUCGAAGAGUGGCGAGCGCUGAUGAAGAAAGAAAGUUUGAAUGAUCGAAACUUUAAUUAUUACGAAGGCGAACAUCGAGACAUGUAAUGCAUAAUCACACGAAAAUCGCAUCGCUAUGAGUCGCGAACUUGCAAGCGCCCGUAAGGCUCGAUUCUUCGAUAUGCUCGGGUGAUUCGAGAUUUGUACUAGUUCAUGUUUCGGAAACUACGUAUACACAUAUAACAAAAUACGCUAAAAUUUCAAGAACUUGAUGUAACGAUUCCGAAUCUUUUCCUUUGGUAUCAAAGGUAUU